AUGGCAAGAGAAAAUUAUACCAUUGUCACAGAAUUCAUACUUCUAGGGUUUUCUGUUGGUCCUAAAUUCCAAGGGAUUCUGUUUGUAAUUUUUUUAAUCAUAUACAUGAAUAUCCUGAUGGGAAAUGGUCUUAUCAUUGCAAUAACCAAGACUGAUCCAACUCUGCAAACACCCAUGUAUUUUUUCCUUGGGAAUUUUUCCUUUUUAGAAAUCUGCUAUACAUCAGUCAUACUUCCCAAACUGUUAACAAAUUUUUGGUCCCACAAUAAAAGUAUUUCUUUCCUGGACUGUGCUAUACAACUUUGCUUCUUUCUAAUUCUUGGAAGCACAGAAUGCUUCCUUUUGGCUGUCAUGGCAUAUGAUCGUUAUGUGGCCAUUUGUAAACCAUUGAACUAUCCUCUCAUCAUGAAUCACAAAGUUUGUAUACAAUUAGUGGUUGUGUCCUGGAUCAGUGGAAUCCCAAUUUCAAUAGUCCUGACAUAUCAGGUUUUUUCUUUAUCCUUUUGUGGCUCAAACAAACUCAAUCAUGUUUUCUGUGACAUUCCCCCAUUACUGAAAUUAGCAUGUGGGGACACGAUCAUGACUGAGUUUUCUGUCUAUAUUUUAGCUGUGUUGUUUGGUAUGGCUUCCUUUUUGUUGAUACUGUGGUCCUACAUUAAAAUCAUUACACUGAUAUUGAAGCUCCCAUCAGCCACAGGUAGACACAAAGCAUUUUCUACUUGCUUUUCUCACUUUAUAGUUGUGAGUUUAUUCUAUGGGUCUAUUGCCAUUAUGUAUUUGAGCCCCCAAACUAGCCAUUCAGAAGAAACUGACAAAGUCCUCUCUCUUUUCUAUACCAUUUUAACACCAAUGUUUAAUCCUAUUAUAUAUAGCCUAAGGAACAAGGAUGUCAUUGCUGCACUAAGAAAAAUAUUGCUGAAAUAA